AUGUGGCAACAAGUGCAGUUGGUGGAGAUCUCUCAUUGGCAUCGAUCUGAGGUUCUCCAGCGGUUCUGGACACAUUUGAGGGUGGAACUACGAUUCCGGACACUGCUCUACUACCGCUUGGGUUCAUGCGAUUGCUGGUUCGAAGAAGUUUUGGGAACCGAAAACUCAACGACUUUAUUGUGGACCGACCAAACAUACCCACAUUAUCUGAGACACCUUCAGGACAUGGAUAUAUUAGCAGUGGUCUGCCUGAGAUUGACUCAAUACAGGCAGGUAUUGCACGCAUUGAGCUUGAUACUGGACCAAAUACGGAGUAUGCCAGUGGUUUUGCAGCAUUGUGGAGAGGAAAAUUCGACCGAGGAGCAGAACUUGGCUAGCGCCCUAUUUCGACAAAGUCAGGAGCUGAAAUUUCCCAAUGUUCUGCUGCUAUCGUGGAACUUUUUUAGCUCUAAGACUUUCUACGCCUUUGAAAUGUUCCCAGAAUUGCAGGUAAAGAGACUAGUUUAUCACGCAUACCUCACCCUGUUUCCCCACAAGCUGGGAAAUCUCCGAGGACAUGGCAUACGCACCUUUCCAGACAAUUCGGAGCCACAUACCAUUGUGCAAAAGGGCUUGAAUGGUUCUUUUACGAUAAAUGGACCCGUGUGGGAAGCUAUGCUCGAGUUUGCACGACAUAUUAAUGGCAGCCUGGAGCUGGCAGGAGAGCCAGUUUUUGGAAAGUCCCUAAGAUAUGUCCAGGUUCUUGAUUUGGUAAGGAACCAAAAUGUGGAUAUAUCGGCCAGUUUGCGACCCUAUGGUCACCGCAUCAGCAGGCACAUGCUUAGCUAUCCAAUGAUGGUGGGCAAUUGGUGCCUGAUGCUUCCUACGGAAAGGUCUCUUAGCAGCCACGAGGCACUGAGCAGGUUAAUGGACUCACCUUUCACCUGGCUGAUUUUGCUACUCCUCUACAUGCUGCACAAGCUGAUAACUCAAAGAACUCGACGAAGAAAUCCCAUUUUUCACCUAUUAAAACCAUUAGCCCACCUGGCGCUCCUGUGUUUCCUGCAAGCCCAACUUUCGGCCUAUUUUAUUGCACCCCAGCAGGUGAAUCAUAUAACCAACAUGCAGCAAGUGGAGGAAUCGGGUCUAAAAAUCAGGGGAUUGCGACAGGAGUUCAUGGAAUUCCCCAUCCAACUGAGGAGCAGAUAUGCCACCUCCUUUCUGCUCCACGAUUUGUUCUACGAUUUGGCCAAAUAUCGGAACAGUUUCAACACUUCAUACGGAUAUACGGUGACUUCCGUGAAGUGGCAGCUGUACAAGGAGGCUCAGCUGCAUUUCCGGCGUCGUUUGUUCCGCUACUCGGAGGACAUUUGCGUGCAGAAAUUAUCGCUUUUCUCGCUUAUAUAUGAAAGCAACUGUCUAUAUCGCCAGCAACUAAAGGAAUUCAAUCUGCGUCUCCACGAGGCGGGACUUAUUCGGCUCUGGUACCGCCACUCCUACUACCUGAUGGUGAAGUCAGGACGUUUUCUUUUCGGAGACAUCAGCUCAUCCCGUCAGGCACAACCGAUUACUUGGUCGGAAUGGCAGUAUGUGGUGGCGCUUUAUGGGGUGGGUAUUCUAUUUUCAACGGUGGUCUUCACCAUCGAGCUCACUGUCCACUGGGUAAAUGUUUGCCUACGAAACUUGUAA